AAUCAAAUAGAAAUUGAAAGUCUGCAGUCGCUGUUGGUGUUAAGUCGUGAGUCCAGGGGUAGAAGACGACAAAAUGAAUCAGGAGGAGAAGACAUACGACCGCAACGACAGCACCCUGGUGUUCGUCAACAGACCCGAUGAUCUGGACCCGUUUCCUCCAGAUGAAGGUGACCUGUGUCUGCGGGCUCAGAUGUCCUGUGGUCAUGCGGUCACUCCACAGUCUCUGACCGCCUGGUGUCGCAGCCUCCUGGACAAGGGUCAGUAUAAGUUCAAGUGCCCGGCUCUGAAGGACGGAACCCUGCAGAGGUGUGAUGAAGUCUGGGCGUAUUCAGAGGUGCGCAGGCUGGCGGUGCUGACCAAUGAAGAGAUGCAGUACUUCGAAGAAAACAUCGCUCGCAUGGCGGCCACCGAGUACUGUGAAUACAAGACAUGUCCUGGCUGUAAAUCCUACAUAGAGAGGGACGACCUGACCAACCUGUGCGUGGAGUGCACCAUCUGUAAAUCCGACCAGAAGGCCUGUCAGUUCUGCUGGCAGUGUCUGAAGCCCUGGAAAGGCAGAGCUCCUCGCUCCGACCGCUGCGACAACGACGGCUGCACCAACCACGAACUGCAGCUGCUCAAGAACUGCAAGACCACCAUCCUCAACCAAGUGCAGGGGGUCGGCGAGGUCCCCUCCAUCCGGGCCUGUCCCACCUGUGGACAGAAGGUGGAGCACGACAAAACCGGCUGCAAGAACAUCCUCUGUCCUCGCUGUCAGGUGGAGUUCUGCUUCGUGUGUCUGAAGCUCACGCCUAAAUGUCUGGAGACCAGCUCGUACUACGUUCCCUGCAGCGGUGGCGUGGCCCCCAGACAAACUUCCAUACCGGUGUGGCGCCGAAACUAAACCACACCCCUACGCUAAAGGCCUUUUGGAAGCUUCCACGAUCUGUUCAAGGUGUUUCUGUCACAGUCUCAUUCCAGUCACUCAGUCCUUCAGUGUUCCAGGAAUUAGCCAGGUCCUCCAGGGAGUUAUGUGGGAAUAAUCACAGCAAUUAGUGUAACUGCAUCCAUCCAUCCAACCAACCAUCCAACCAACCAACCAACCAUCCAUCCAUCCAUCCAACCAACCAACCAUCCAUCCAUCCAUCCAUCCAUCCAACCAACCAUCCAUCCAUCCAUCCACAGAACCUGUAGACUGCUUGGUCAGGUUUAGAUGAACUGUUAUAACUGCAGGUUCAGGUGGUUUUCAGGUCCUCUGAUGAUGAUUAACAGUUUUUCUAACUCUGACCACACUACAGACAAAAUCUGGAGAAGUUCCAUCCAGAAGUGUUUAUUGAACAAACACUUGAAUAGUUCUGGAGAACCAACUGACUGACAAUACUUUGUAUCUCCCUUUUAUACCGUUAAGCUAAGACCUCCUUUUUAGGCGUUCGGCUGAAUUUUCUACACCCAUGUCUCUAAAAUUAACCCAGUUUGGAGCAGUUUUAAUGGGAGGAGGUCUCAAACUUACAUUGUUUCUACUAAAGUCUAUCUAAUGCUUCCACUGGUACCUGUGGAGUUCUAUUGCAAUGUUUGUUAUUGGGAAACGUAAGGGCUUAAAAACCAGAGUUUGUUCUUAAACAUUAUGCUAAUUGUUCAUCUUUAAUAACUUAAUGAUUAAACACUACCAUUACAUGUAGAGAACAAUUUCAUUACAAUGUAAUAAUUCUGCCAUAGCAUAUACCUUUAAUUUUGACCAACACCAAACAUAGUACAGUAGAUGUUUCUACAGUUCCUGGAAUGAUGAGUUACCGGUUUAGUCACUCAAUUAUCGCUGACGUUCGGUAUCAGUUCGUCUUGUCUUGGUUUUUAUUGGUUGUUGAAAGUGAAAUGGCAUCAAUGACAAGAUAAACUAUUUUCUAUUGUUAAAGAUAAGAAAAUGAAGAUGUUUUAAUUAGAGGAAAACAGACGCUACCACCACCAAAGCUGCCUGUUGUAAUGUUUGUUUGUAUCCUCUUUAUCUACACUGUUGUCAAGCAAAUCAUUACAUUAAAUAUCACUUAUAUUUCUUAGAAUCCUCUAUAAUCCACUGUUUUAUUGUUCCAGGUGAAGCUUCCUUCUGUUUUUUCCCAGUAACUGCAUCAAUAAAGUUUGUUAUAUUGAAC